AUGCAAUACCACAACGAACAAAGGCAAAUCGCCUCUGCUGGAAAGCUUCCGAAUGGCACCAGUACAUUCAGAAAACGAGGCUUUGGGACAGUGGAGCCCACGCCUGCCACUCCAGCAAAAAGACAACAAACAGGGUUCAUUGACGGCCCGCACACACGGAAAGACCAGUUGACGAAGGGGCAGCAGCUACUCAGGGCAGCCAACUUAUACGAGAAGCGAUACGACUACAAAGAUUGCCCGAUAGAGCAGGGCGAGAUUCGUCUCAUGUUACUUAAACGGAAUCCCAACCGAUUUGCAGAAGUCAUUAUCGAGUUGAAGUCAUUCCCAAUCCAAGAGAUCGUGGAAAACCCCGAGGAUUUCAAGUUCACGGCUCUUUCAUACAACUGGGGCACCGGAGACGAGAAUAAGAUCGUUCUCGUCGAUAUGCUUCAGGAUAACGAACCGCCAAGUGUACCGGUAAUGCACGACUUUUCAGAAGUCGCGACUCAGUUCAACCGAAAAAUGAAGCGAUUAAGCGUGAAACCAAAUUUAUACGCUUUUCUCCAGGAAUUCCGACAGCCGGACAAAGAGGUGGCCAUCUGGGUAGACCGUAUUUGCAUCAAUCAAAAAGACAACAAGGAGAAGCAGGACCAGGUCGCGAUCAUGGGUCAAAUAUACUCAACCGCAGCCAAUGUCGCCAUUUGGCUAGGCCCAGCAGACGAGCACGGCAAGACUGACAGAGCAAUGGACUUCAUCAGCUUCAUACUUCAAGACGACACGGGUGAGAAGUUCAAAGAAAGGUACGCGACAAAUUGGUCGGAGCUUCUGCAUCUCAUGCGGCGUCGAUGGUUCUCUCGGCGAUGGAUCAUUCAAGAACUUGCUUUAGCAAAGAGUGCCGAGGUGCGCUGCGGCUCAAAGAAGGUCAAUUGGAGGGACUUUUCAGAUGCUGUUAGCAUUUUCGCACUCCGAUUCGACAGCAUCCUCAAAGACAUCAAGCGAGACCCGAAAUUAGAGAAGUCGCUGGAAGGAAUUAAGGAUAUGAAGCCACUUGGUGCCCGGAUCUUGGUCGACGUUCUAUCCAACACAUUCCAACGACAGGUCGACGGAAAUAUAUAUGCUCCCCGGCAAGGACUCGAGAGUCUGAUCUCAUCAUUGUCUACAUUCGAAACGUCCGAUCCUAGAGACACUAUAUACACGCUCCUCAACCUUGCCAAGGAGACAUGUAAACUGCCAUCAAGCAACAGUGUGCAACAACGUCGACAAAGCAUGCAAGAGGGAAACCCUCCGCCCGAACCAGACUACAGCAUUGACUUGCUCCAAGUGUACACUAACUUUAUCAAAUGGUGCAUAGAGGAUAGUGGCUCCCUGGAUAUUCUUUGCCGUCACUGGGCGCUCCCUGAGCUCAAGCAGGUUUUGGAUGAGCAUUACCCAAGGCUCGUGGAGCUUCCAUCAUGGAUCAAAACAGUACAUGAAUCUGCUUACGGCUCGCAAACCGAAGGCUUCGGCGGACGAAGAACAGGAGAUAGUUUUGUGGGUGUGCCGGAGGCCCGUUGCUACAACGCUUCUCAUGGGCUUCCACCAACAAUCUCCUUCGGCAGAGACAAUGCACUCCCGAAGCAGCCUGACCAACCUUCAGAUGAGAAUACUGGCGAGGAGCAUGAUAAAACUGAUUCCAUUGCGCCGUCCCGACAACGACCUGUGGCUGGUCGAAAGGUCCUCCGCGCGAGACGAAUAACAUCAGACAUGAACCUCACGAUCACUAUUAGAGGGCUGUGCAUUGGAGUCGUCUCGGAUACUCAUCCAAUGUACGAAGGUAUUAUUCCAAGGCAAGUUCUGCGGAGCUUGGGGCAUGAUCCGAGAACGGAGCUACAAGGCGUCGCAGACACUGUCUGGAGAACGCUCGUGGCAGAUCGGGAUGCGGAUGGAAAGGCGCCACCGGCUUGGUACCACAGAGCUUGUAUGACCUGUCUUGUAUCUGACACCGGGGCCGGGAAUAUUGACACGAAUGCAAUCCUCCAACAAGAUGAAGCUGCGACGAACCUCAAAGCAGACUAUUUAAAAAGAGUGCAAGCUGUCUGUUGGAACAGGAAGUAUAUCGAAUGCGAGGCUGCCCCUGAAGAUAAGAACAAUCGGAAAUUGGUCGGCAUAGCUCCUCAGGAUUCUAAAGUCGACGAUGUCGUGUGCAUCCUGUACGGAUGCUCCGUACCCUGUGUUCUUCGUCCCUUUUGGAGUGAGAGAGGGCGCGGAGAACAGCCAUCGUACUAUGAGCUUGUAGGAGAAGCGUUUGUGUUGGGACAGAUGGACGGUGAAGCACUUGAUGGGUUAACUGAGGAGGAGUUGGCGGGAGAGGAUUUUCGUUUAAUGUAG